AUGGAGGCAAGAGCGAAUGAUUCAUUCGUGAGAUCGAUCCUUCGAAACCUUUCCCUGACUCGCGAGCAUCGGCACCUGGACGAGCCACCUGGAGGAGAAGCGGCUACAAACGUCAUCGAUGUUGUCGCCACGACCGUGCAAGAGGAGAAGAUGGCGGACUUUCUGGGCGAUGCCCUUGCGGGGAAUGAUAGUGACGUCGAUGGCGACGGAUCCGGUUGGUUCAAUGACUCGACGACCGCCACCUUUUCGACUCUGUCCGCUUCCUCGUCAUUCGCAGACUCCACGUCGUCAUACUCUACGAGCGUUGACAACUAUACCGGUAGCGUAUCCGACCUCUUCGCCUUCGACGACCUGAAUGAUUACAUCAAUCGACUGAACUACAGCGUUCUCGUGAAUCUGACGGCCUACUACGACGGCGGCACAGAUCUGAAUCUCAGUAGUGUUAAUUGCACGUCGUCGAUAGUCGCCGGAGGAACCGUCAGGCCGGGUGAGUGCGGGACUGCCGGCGUCGACGAGAAGUCUAACGCGAACAGCUGGUGGGCUCUGAUACUCGUGAUUGUGCCAUGUUUGACGCUCUUCGGUAACGUGCUCGUCAUCCUAGCGGUAGUGAGAGAACGAGCGUUGCAGACUGUCACUAACUACUUUAUCGUCAGUUUGGCGGUCGCCGAUCUCCUCGUAGCGGUGCUUGUUAUGCCGUUCGCCGUCUACGUACUGUGUUUCGAUCCCAUUCAAAUGCAAGGAGAAGUAAAGAACGUGCCUUUACUGCGGUACGAACUGAUUCGUUUUAGUAUAAUCCGGUUACUUCAUGUUACGGUAAGAAGAAACGAGCAACGUUUUGAUUUUUCUACCAGAACAUUCGCUGAUGUGCUUGAAGAAUAUUACGCGAUCGUGUACGCGCGAGAGAACGGUGAUCUGGUUCACUCUGAUGCGGCAUUGACGGUAAGCUGGCUGCUGGAAGGCCAGGUGAUGGGACAUACGACUCUCGACGGUGCGAUCUUCGGAGCUUUGAAGCUUUGGGAGCACGAUCGAAAGCCAUCGUGUCUCCCACCGACUGCCUCAAUGGCGUCGGAUUGGAUCAAAGAGGCUCGUUGGGAAUAG